AUAUAGGCAUAAUAUGUACUAUACAACGCAAAAUUUAUGCCAGGAUGCAAGUUGACGUGUGAAAGAAUACGGAGAGUGUUUUUCGUCUUUGACUCACCGAAAUGUUGAGGUUUCGCAAAGUAUUUACGAAGACCGGGUGCUCGGUGAUAGGGAUGAUACACGUGGGCGGAUUGCCAGGAACACCACGAUACGGAGGCAGUGUUAAAAGAAUUAUCACGGAGGCACUCGACGACGCCGCGAUUUAUGCCAGCUGCAAAGUGGAUGGCGUUCUGGUGGAAAAUAUGCACGACAUCCCGUACGUUCAAGCUAAAGACUUGCUUCCGGAAACUACCGCUUUAAUGACGAGAGUUUGCUCUGAGGUCAGAAAAAUUCUUCCUCGACACGUGCCUUGUGGGGUUCAGGUUUUAGCAGGAGCGAAUAAAGAGGCAAUCGCCGUGGCACAGGCAGCUGAUUUUCAGUUUAUCAGAGCUGAAGGUUUCGUUUUCUCCCAUAUUGCUGACGAAGGAUUCACGGACGCUAGUGCUGGGAGUUUGUUGAGAUACCGUAGACAAAUAGACGCCGAAAAUGUUCUUGUAUUUUCCGACAUCAAGAAGAAACACAGCGCACAUUCUAUUACAUCGGAUGUGAGUUUAUCCGAGACGGCCAAGGCAGCUGAGUUCUUCUUGACGGAUGGUGUUAUAAUAACAGGAUCUGCUACUGGUGAUCCGGCGGAUGCUGCGCAAGUUAAGGAAGUGAAGCGGGUGGCGAAAGGGCCGGUCAUCGUCGGUUCAGGUGUGACUACUGAAAAUUUAGAAAAAUACCUUACAGCAGAUGCAGUUAUCGUUGGAACAUAUUUCAAAACUGAUGGACACUGGGAAAACGCAGUGGAUUCAGGGCGAGUCGACAGCCUCAUAAGAAAACUUGAAAAGUUCCAAUAGCUUGAAAAUAAGCAGAUAUUGAGCAUUUACAAAUUGCGAAUUUAUGUUAAAAUAAUUCACCGGAAGUU